AUGGAGGCUCAACCAAAUUUCCAAACCUUUAAGGGUAAGGUCGCUAUCAUUACAGGCGCUUCUCGAGGCCUUGGAGCAGGGUUUGCUUACGAACUCGCCAAACGAGGCGCAAAGGUCGUCGCUACAUACACUUCCCCGAGCAGCGAAAGGCUAGUGAAGGAGUUGUCCGACAAAAUCGCAUCACUCAAUCCACCAUCAGAAUGUAUUGGCGUCAAAGCAGAUCUCAAAGACGAGUCAUCUCCCGCAGAGAUCGUUCGCCAAGCUGUCGCUGCAUUCGGCCAUCAAAUCGAUAUCCUUGUCAACAACGCUGGUAUGGAAGUCGUCAAAUCUCAUACUGACAUCACAACAUCCGACUUUGACUCAAUCUUCUAUCUCAACGUUCGCGCUCCUCUUCUUCUUCUCCAAGCUGUAAAACCCUAUCUCCCUUCCUCAGGUGGCGGCCGUAUCAUCAACAUCUCAUCUGUUGGCGCACGCUGCGGUUUCAAGAACCUCUCCCUGUACUGCGCUUCCAAAGCUGCACUUGAAGGACUCACUCGCUCAUGGGCAGCUGAGCUAGGUGAAGAGGGUCAUACGGUAAAUGCGGUUAACCCUGGACCUGUGCAGAGUGAUUUACUGGAUAAUAUUCCAAAGGAGAUUGUAGACAUGCAGAAGAAGCAGACUGCAGCGGGGAAUAGGUUGGGUGAGGUUGAUGAUGUUGCGCAAAUUGUUGCAUGGUUGGCUUCGGAGGAGAGUAGGUGGAUUACGGGACAGGCGUUAUCUGCCAGUGGUGGGUUGGAGAUGUAUUAG